UUAAUUGUUAUUUUCCACCGCCCGUAGCCGUUCCUCUCCCCUCAGGUCGACGACCUCUCCCGGCCGGCCAAGCCCCGCGUGGUGGAGGAGUAGUAGGCGGUGGCGAAGGAGGAGGUGGUGGAGCGGUGGCUUCGUUGGGCGCGUAAUCGUUUAACCCAAAAUGGAGAGAAUUUUUACAAGGACGUCGAGAUCGUCGUGGAUAGGCGUGUCGAUGUCAUCGGAGAGACGGUCGAGGUUGCCGGCGGACCAGCGGAGGGUGACUGUUCCGGUGAACAUGGACCACAAUGCCAAGAGAAGAAUGGAAGCUAAGGCCCAGAACUUGUACCUGCCUUUCCCGAAGAGAGAGGAAUCAGAAUUGUCCUUCUUCAACAAGCUGCCCGUCGCUGUCGAUCUUGGAAGAGAAUCGUCAUCCUUCAUCUCGAUUCUGCUCCGAUCCGGAUGCUGGAAAUUUUCUCUGGCUCCAACCGAAUCGAUCGCAAGUGGAAAGUGUCAGUAUCGGAAUUUGCCCAGAAACUCGAACCCAAACCCUCCGCCGCCACCAAACAGCAAGGAGGAGGAGGAGGAAAUUCGAUACACACAGCGGCGGCGCCGACACCCACCGGACGGUUAGUUCAACAAUGCUGCGACCACCGCCGCCGCCGACCUCCGUUUAAAAGUCAAGGUCAAAGAAAUCAACCUCGCCUCCCACCUUCCUAAUUCCUUUUUCAUUCCGCAAACUCCCCGAAAAAUAUUAAGAAAAGAAAACUCCACAUUUUUUUUGUUUUGCUUCCAAUUCCCAAUUUUGGUGCGUCACUUCCCGCGAUCCUCUGGACAAAGGAAAGAGAGAGAAUACGAUGUGUGGGAUAUUUGCGUAUCUGAAUUUCAAUCUCUAGAAGGAGAGGAGUUACAUACUCCAAGUACUGUUCAAUGGACUCCGGCGGCUUGAGUACAGAGGCUACGACUCCGCCGGCAUCUCCAUCGACAAUUCGUCCUCCCCUCGCCCCCUCGUCUUCCGCCAGGAGGGCAACAUCGAGUCCCUCGUCAACGAAGCCACCGCUCCACCACCUCCUCCUCCGCCUACUUCUCCUCCACCACGCGGGGUUUGGCCGGCCGGGAGAGGUCGUCGACCUGAGGGGAGAGGAACGGCUACGGGCGGUGGAAAAUAACAAUUAAAAGGAAUUAGGUUUUUUAUUUAUUUUUAUAAUAAUUAGUUGGAAAAUAAAAAAUAAUUAAAUUAAAUUAUUUUAUUAAUU